AUGAAUAUGUGUAUCGAAAUGACUCCACAAACAUCAGUCGAAGAAAUUCCCGAGGAGAUCGCUAACCGUACCCAUGGUGAAGUUCGUCUUCAGUCCGGUACCAACAAAUUCAGUUCACAGCGUGGUAUGACUGGCUUCGGUACUGGCCGUGAUGUGUGCCGAGAGGGAAAGCACGUCAACACCAACCCUGCAGAUCUCCAGGACCUUCCCGAGGAGAAGAUUCGUCUCUCAGACGGCAUUGUGCGUCUCCAAGCCGGUACCAACAAGUAUGAUUCUCAGAAGGUUGGUUAA